UCGCUUGCUUCGAUGUGUUAGCUCUAGCCGUACGAACUGGUUUUGCGAGAAUCUCCAACCUAAAGCAGACAGCUCGAAAUUCUUCUGUUUCAGUUGAUUUUUCGGUUUGGAUACGCGCGGCGCGUUCAGCUAACAACUGUGUUGACUACGACGCACCGUUCAAGGGACUGAGUUUGUGUUGUUGUGUUGUUGUUAUUAUUGUUGUUCAUGCUGUCGAAAGGCUAGAGGAGUAACCUUGCCGCGUGGACUGCAGCGUCGCGACGUUCCUUCGGAUGCACUUUUCGACUUUUUCACCGGAAAUUCCACUUGUGCCGGAACUUGCACCGGAGGGUGCUUUUAGUGUUACGCUCGUGAGGCGUAGCCGUUUCGCUUGAAGGAAAACAGUGACAUUGGAGGUGACACGGAAUCACCCCCACUCGCGUGUGCUGCAUCGUAGUGCAGAAAAGUGCAGUGACGAGACUUGAGAAUUUGAACCAUAAAACCAGACGAAGUUGAGUGAUUGAUUGUGUGUUUAACAUUGAACCAGGUGCUAAAGUACAUGCUUUGGAAAUGUUCCAGCGUAGGCUCGCGCAGUGACUUCAACUGACUGUGUUCGAACGUAAAACCAGUGAUUUAUGCUUGCCAGAAUCUGCCAGAUACGGACCUCGAAGAAACCUGCACCAUCAAAGGCCAGGGAAGACCACUGCGGAGUGAACAAAAAGUGUUAAAAUUAAUCUUUUCGCAUUAAGAGCAACAAAAAAAAGUUUAAAAGUGCUUCAUUAAUCAACUGAAUAAUAUAAAGUUGUGAGAACACGCGUGAUUUGCCGAGCAUCAGCAGCACACAUACCGUGCAGUGUAAAACUUGCCAGGGUACACGAAAACCUGCGAGCUCACCCAACAUGCCCGCAGCCGAGAUCCACUACCGGACGACGGGAGAACGCGCGAGAGAUACGAUUUGAAAUUUUAAAUCAGAACUCGUUUUUCUCAAACUUAUAUGAUUCAUUACCGAUCCAUCCGAGUAGCGUACACAUAUAUGCGAGUGUGCAGGAAAGUGCGAAUAAAUAAAACUGCCAACCGUUGAAGGCUUUGAGUGAUUUGAAGACCCCUUGUCAGUGACAGCUGUUGAAAAGUGCGAAAUAGUGCUGUGCAGGGAAAAAAAGGAAAAACGUCCGUUGCUAAUUAGUGCUUAGUACCGUACCGUACGGUGUCCAAGCGCUUCUGUCGGCUGUCAGCCGGGUACUUUCGGGGCGAGCUUAAGCAGUGCGAGUGAGAGCAGCACCAUCAAAACCUGCGACCGGCUGAAGCUUGUUCAGCUAGCCGGUUGUUCGGUUCGUUCGACCCCGCGACAAUGGCAGUGUCCUGCCCGGAAGUUAUGUACGGAGCAUACUACCCAUACCUGUACGGCCGAGCCGGACCAAGUCGACCCUUCUACCAGUAUGAGCGGUUCAACCAAGAUCUCUAUUCGUCCUCCGGUGUGCCGCUGGCGGCAUCAUCCAGCACAUCCGCCGGUUCACAUUCGCCCUGCAGCCCGCUGCUUCCGCCGUCGAUAUCGUCGAACGUGGCAGCGGCCGCAGCAGCUCAAACCUCGACACUAUCUGCCUCCACCUCCAAUACCACGAUACCAACGAUUCCGCUGGGCGCACUCCAGAGGCACCUAACCAAAGAGGAAGACAUCAGCACGGCCCGGAGUGAUACGGAAGGUACCAUUCCGGGUGCCCACAAUGACAGCUCCUGCUCGUCUGGUCCAGACUCGCCCAACAAUCUGCACCAGGACGCGAGCGGGGCCACCGGAGGCGGCGCUAGUGGUAGUGGCGAAACUUCCGGCGGCGGUGGUCGAGCGCAGUACUUGUCCGCCACGUGUGUAGUGGUUACCCAUUAUUCCGGUGAUGCGGCCAGCGUGGUAGACGAGCACUUUUCUAGGGCACUAAAUUUUAGUGAUAAAAAUAACAAAGAAGGUUACAGUUCCAUGACGAGUAGAAAUUUUCCACCCUCCUUCUGGAAUAGCAACUACGUUCAUCCCACACCCGCACCCACACACCAUCAGUUUUCCAACUCAUUGCUACAGGUGUCCGACCUCUACUCGACCGAUGGGGCUUAUUCAACGGAUCCGUGGCACGCGGCCCAUUACGGUUCAUACGCCCACGCAGCGCACGCACAUGCCGCCCACGCGCACGCCUACCACCACAACAUGGCACAGUACGGCAGCUUACUGAGGUUACCCCAGCAGUACGGACACACGUCUAGGUUACACCACGAUCAACAGACGGCGCAUGCUCUGGAAAGUGCGGCAGCAUACUCUAGUUAUCCUACGAUGGCAGGACUGGAAGCGCAAGUGCAGGAGUCUUCCAAGGAUCUGUACUGGUUCUAGAUAGUUAGCAAAAUUAGCAACAACAAAAACUGACUCGAAAAAAAACGCUUGGGUACAAAAUUCGAAACAAGUCAACCUUUGGAUGUAGGUAAUCGUCGGAAAAGCGAAGAAAAUAACAUUCUAUUGAAAUGACGUUGACGUAGUGAAAAUCAAAAGACAAAUCUCUAACAGAAAUAAACGAAACACUUGAAAGUGAUUUUAGUGAUAUGUAAUCUAAAUAAUUUAUGAUAUUAAGCUCUGUUCAAACUCUAUAAUUACUGUGCAAACAACAACCCUAUCUAAAAAUAGCACCCUAUUCGUUUACUACAGUCUGCAGCAGGUGACAGGAAGAGAGUUAAAUGUUUAUUGUGUUAAUCGAAGUUUCGCCGGAAAACGCGCACUCUUGGAAAGUCAAUGCGGGAUCCAACCAUGAUAGACUGUGUCGAUAAUAAUAGUCCAAUGUAAAUUGAUAUAAUGACAGUAGAAUCCAGUGAUCGAAACCAUACGGUUUUACUUUGUUCUUGGCAGCAUGUAUCAUACAUCGAAUAAGUUAAACUGGACAUGUAUGUAAACGCGAUUUGAAAAUAGUAAUCAUAUUUUACAACACCCCCAGCACUUCGUACGAUCAGCGAUAUAACGAUAGAGCAAAAGUAUGUGCAUAUAUUAAAUUUAAAUUAAUUGCAGUGCGAAGAUCCAUAACUUGAUUGCGUUGGCCGAAUUAGAGGGUAUUAGGUGAGUGGAAAGAACUGGCACUAAAAAGUUCUUAUAGCUAUUUUAUUGCAAUAACGAAUCAUUAUUACUGAUUAUUAGACAUUGUGAAUCUUAGCAUUAUAUGCAAAGCAAAACCUUAUAUAUAUAGACAGUGGAAACAAGCAAAUACAAAAAACA